CCAAAGUAAGCAGUUCAUGUGAGUGAAGCAUCUGAGGGAUGGUGUGCAGUGUCAGCGCCGGCUGUGAAGUGGGAAAAGAUGAGGAGCUGGGAGAAGCGGUGCCAAAAAUGAACGCUGAUCGCGAAGAGACACGGAAAAGCCGGAGCUCGUUCGUGUUGCUAUAAAUGGCCAUCCUGUUCGGUGGUUCCACUCUCCAUCUGAUAAGAGGAGAUGGUGCGGCGGCGUGAAGUACGGCUAUUCAACAGCACCCCUUUCCGCGAUUCCCGGACACUUGCCGGGAUAUUUUUGCGCACUUGCGAAUGAAGAAAGAAAAUCGACAGAAACGAAACUCAGUGCCGCCCAGCAAGUAUGAGGAUCCUGCUGGCUAACUCUGUGGCCGCCGUGCUUGUAUGUACCGGCGUGACUUUGCUUUGUUUCUUUGCCGGGUUGCUCGCCCACGGGCAGGACCGCACCAAACGGGCACUGAUCACGUCUGACGAGCCUCCUUCGAAAACUUUCCGAACGCUGCUCGCUGUGCCCGCCGCCCUCCGGCUUCACUCGAGUAACCGCAGCGGCACUGGGAGGUCGCGCCUGGACGGAGCCCACACUCGCGGUCCUGAUCUGGUGGUGGAAGACGGCGUCUUUUGGAGCGAUCGCCUGGAGUCGCAGCUGCCAGGGGGCUUUAGUGAUACCCACGCUCGCGUCUGGAGGGACAAAGCCCGCUCGUCUCGGAUCAUCUCCCUUGAAGAGGGCUGUGGCAGGGCCACCAACCGUUUAGCCACAUUUUCGGACAAUAGUAAGGCCUGCGUCCGCUUUGGGAUUAACGCGGAUCAAGUCCAAGGAGAGGCGCUAUCUUAUUAUCUUGCCAGCCUGCUGGAAAUCCCGAACUUGCCGCCGCUGGUCCUUUCACAGGUGAGCUUCAGCAACGAGCAGUGGUCAGAGGUUCAAGCGCAGGUGCGGGACUCCCAGUGGUCGGAGAACGCCGUGGUGUCGCUGACAGAGUUCGUGUCAAACUUGAGCGGGGUGGUCACGCCGGUGCCGCUACGCCAUGAGGGUAGGCGGCUGCACCCACUGUCCGAGGACCUCCGGAACCGGAGCCAGUCGGAGUUACUGGAGAUCGUGCAGUGGACCGACCUGAUCCUCUACGACUACCUGACGGCCAACUUCGACCGGCUGGUGAGCAAUCUGUUCAGCCUGCAGUGGGAUCCCAGGGUGAUGGAGAGGGACACUAGGAACCUGCACCGAUCUGCAGACGGCGGACUAGUGUUUAUAGAUAACGAGGCCGGGCUGGUCCACGGCUACCGGGUGCUGGGAAUGUGGGAGAGGUACCACGAUGCUCUGCUCAGGUCGGUGUGUCUCUUCAGGAGGAGAACCGCCCGCCGGAUCUGGGAGAUGCACCGGCGGCAGGACGCGGCGGAGCGCCUGCUGGAGCGCUAUGUGGACAACGAGCCGCUGGCCGCCCGCCUGGGCUUUCUGUCCGAGGAACAGGCUCGGGUCCUGCAGGCUCGUGUGGACCACUUGUACAAACACAUCGCCGGCUGCCGGAAAAAAUACAGUCGCCUAUAGCGCCCGCCCGAGUGUCUGGCGGACUUGAUAACGAGUUUGACUGACAGACGCUCCGAACUGAAAGACGCAUCUGUUGCCUUUUUUUUUCUAAAAUUACUCUGUAUAUAUGCACAUUUUUUUUUUUUUUACUAAAAUUGUCUUAAUAGUUUA